ACGACUUUCGCAGCCAUAUUAAGGUCAAGCAGACGCGAAUUUCAGAUUUUCGAAAAAGAACAUACAAUUUUGAAAAUGUCGGCUAUUCUUCGCCAAUCAGUUAGACGAAUGGAACCUUUAGUAAAAAGUAGCUUUGUACAAAAAGCAACAGUCAUCUCCGGACCCCCACGAGUUCGUGUUUCGUUCGCGGAAAAAGCAACAUUGGGAACCGUGAUGAUUAUUGGUGUAGUUGCACCAAUGGGCUACGUAUUGGCAAAUUUGAAAGGUUAUAGGGAAAGACCAGAAGCUGAAUAA